AUGCUCAGCAAGCUGAAAGAGAGUAAGGACUUGUUGCUAUUGGAAAUUUCCUUUGAUUACAACAAGAAAAAAAUUUAUCCAUUGGAACCACCCACACUUGUCCCGCGAGGUGCUUCGGAGGGUGGCAAGGGUGUUUUCGUUCAUGUAAUGCCAAAUCUGAGUGAGCUUACCGACGAGCACGUUGAGCUUGCGGCUUCCAAUGUGACAAGAAUGCACACCAAGCUUUUCAAUCAACUCCGAAAUGUAGAGCUGUCUUCAGUUCAGUCCCCAGAACUGCACCGGAACAGGAAGCUGAACCUGGCUCGUUACGGCAGAGCCAGAAAAACGACUACGAGCCGAAAAGCUGCCUACAGUUGCGACCAGUGGGAAGAACGGGUGUACCGCGGCAAAAAUAACUCAUCACGAUAA